AUGGCGAGAACGAGAGCUUUGAUACUUGUCCUAAUUAUAAAUCUUUUUUCCACAAAGAUUUUCUGUGAGGAAAGCCAUUCUCAUGAUCAAGAUUUUAGUGAUGAAGAAACUAAAGCUUCGUAUACCAGCCCCGUUGUCUCGGGAUUUGCUUAUUUAGCCGAGAGUUUUGAUGACAGUGAGAGGUUUAAAACUGUUUGGAUUCAGUCGCAAGCUAAAAAGGAGUCAGCUGAUGAAGAUAUUGCUAAAUAUGAUGGCGUCUGGUCAUUGGAAGAGUCUCUGAGAAAUCAACAAGACGGAGACUUGGGAUUAGUUUUAAAAAGCAAAGCUCGACACGCUGCAAUUUCAGCUUUGCUGAACAAACCAUUUAAAUUCGAUGACAAGCCACUGAUCGUUCAAUACGAGGUUAACUUCCAGGAAGGCCAAGAGUGCGGCGGAGCGUAUCUUAAAUUGCUUACUCAAGACCCAGCUCACGCAGACCUCAAAAAGUUCCACGACAAAACUCCUUACACAAUAAUGUUCGGGCCAGACAAAUGCGGCAACGAUCACAAGCUUCACUUUAUUUUCCGACAUAAGAACCCAGUAAAUGGAACUAUUGAAGAGAAGCACUGCAAGAAACCUAAAGAAAGAUUGGAAGAGUACUUCAAGGACAAGAUUCCCCAUCUUUACACUCUGGUAAUUCGCCCGGAUAAUUCUUUCGUCAUAAAAGUAGACAAUAAAAUUGUCAACGAAGGUUCUCUGCUCGACGACUUUACGCCGCCGGUGAAUCCUCCGCUGGAGAUCGAAGACCCCAAUGACACCAGACCGGAAGACUGGGACGACAGGGAGAAAAUUCCAGAUCCCACGGCAGUUAAACCAGAAGACUGGGACGAGGAUGCUCCGGUUCAGAUUGUUGAUGAAGAUGAUGUUGUCCCAGAUGGCUGGCUUGAAGAUGAGUCACCAACAAUUCCUAAUCCCGAUGCUGUAAAACCCGAAGACUGGGACGUCGAAAUGGACGGAGAGUGGGAGCCUCCAGAAAUUCCGAACCCCAAGUGCGAAGGUGUCGCUGGUUGUGGUCCUUAUAAGCAAAAAAUGAAGAAGAAUCCGAGGUACAAGGGUAAAUGGCUCGCUCCUCUUAUUGAUAAUCCUAAUUACAAAGGUAAAUGGAAACCAAGACUCAUCCAUAAUCCGGAUUACUUCAAUGAUGAUCAUCCUUUCCGGAUGUCUCCAAUUCACGCUAUCGGGUUCGAACUCUGGUCAAUGUCCCCUGAUAUCUACUUUGACAACUUGAUCAUCACCGACGAUGAAGAUGUAGCCAAGCAGUGGGCAGAAGAUACCUUCGAGAUUCACCGAAAAAAGAUAGCUCAGGACAGCUGGACUAUUUGGCGACAAUUUGUUAACUUCACAAGCGAGAACCCAUGGAUUUGGGCAGUGUAUAUUCUAGUCGCUGGUAUACCUGUAUUACUUAUAGUUUAUUGUUGCUGUUUCCAAUCCCAGAACAAAUUUUUUUUUCUACUAGACGAUAAAGAAUCACUCAAUGCAAUUGAAGAAGACUUGAAUGAACAAGUAGAUCCUGCCGAAGAAGAUGUACAGCAAGAAUCCGCAACUUUAGCGGACGCUGAUGAUCAAGAUAAUGCCAGUGAGACUGAAGAAGCCGACAACGAAAAGGAGGAACACACUGGCGACGGCGAUGGUCCUCGUCGGAGAAAAGCGAAUAAAGAAUAA